UAUUAAGGUCAAACUCUGCUAUGGAGACUACUAUGUUUACAAACUUCAAACACUCCCAGGAUGCAACACUGCAUAUUGUGCAGUUCCAAAGCACAGCUUCAGAGCAGCUGGUCAAGAUGAAACCAGCAUCACUCUACGGUGGAACAAAGUCAACAACAGUGUCAGCUUUGUUCUCCUGUUUAAUGGCACAGAAACAAACAUCAGUGCUCCAGCUGCAGAUGACUCUGUAACUUACACAGUGUCAUCUCUGACUGCUGCAACUAAAUACACAUUCACUCUCUUCUCUGUGAUUGACAAUGUCAGAAGCAGUGGAAUCAGCAUUGAUGCAGUCACUGCUCCUCCAAAUGUAAAAACAUUCAGAUUACUUGGAACAAGUUUCAACAGCAUCACUCUGCAGUGGAAUAAAGUGAACAAUGCCAGUUAUGUCCUGGAGUAUUAUUAUAAUGGACGAAGGAUCAUUCCUGCAUCAGAUGGAGAUGGACCAGUCACUUACACUGUCUCAUCUCUCAGUGCUGGCACUAGAUACUCAUUCAAUCUCUACUCUGUGUUUGAGAACGCCAGAAGUAAUCCAGUGGAUCUAUAUGCUUUUACUGAUGAGCGAAAUGUUUUAUGUGGACAGACUGUUUGUCCUCCAGGCCAGGACUGUGUCAUAAUCAAUGGAACAGCUCAGUGUGGUGAAGCCUGUCAACAUUACACUGAACUGAAUGAUAACUGGCUUUCUCAAUAUAACAUAUAUGGAAAUUCAUACUGUAGAGGAUACUCCUCCCCUGAAGGCUGGUAUCGCAUGUUUGUGGGACAAACCAGCGCUCAGAUUCCUGAAACUUGUGUACAAGACAGCAGAUGCAGCAGUUAUAGCCAUUUGCAGAUGAAACAACCUCAUCCAACUCAAUACAAUCAAACUGUAACACGCUCUCUGUGUUAUAGUUAUGGUAGUUCCUGCUGCUCCAACACAUACUCAUACACUAUUAAGGUCAAACUCUGCUAUGGAGACUACUAUGUCUACAAACUUCAAAGACUCCCAGGAUGCAACACUGCAUAUUGUGCAGUUCCAAAGCACAGCUUCAGAGCAGCUGGUCAAGAUGAAACCAGCAUCACUCUACGGUGGAACAAAGUCAACAACAGUGUCAGCUUUGUUCUCCUGUUUAAUGGCACAGAAACAAACAUCAGUGCUCCAGCUGCAGAUGACUCUGUAACUUACACAGUGUCAUCUCUGACUGCUGCAACUAAAUACACAUUCACUCUCUUCUCUGUGAUUGACAAUGUCAGAAGCAGUGGAAUCAGCAUUGAUGCAGUCACUGCUCCUCCAAAUGUAAAAACAUUCAGUUUACUUGGAACAAGUUUCAACAGCAUCACUCUGCAGUGGAGUAAAGUGAACAAUGCCAGUUAUGUCCUGGAGUAUUAUUAUAAUGGACGAAGGAUCAUUCCUGCAUCAGAUGGAGAUGGACCAGUCACUUACACUGUCUCAUCUCUCAGUGCUGGCACUUCAUACUAUUUCAAUCUCUACUCUGUGUUUGAGAACGCCAGAAGUAAUCCAGUGGAUCUAUAUGCUUUUACUGAUGACCAAUAUGUUUCAUGUGGACAGACCUUCUGUCCUCCAGGCCAGGACUGUGUCAUCAUCAAUGGAACAGCUCAGUGUGGUGAAGCCUGUCAACAUUACAGUGAACUGAAUGAUAACUGGCUUUCUGAAUAUAACAUAUAUGGAAAUUCAUACUGUAGAGGAUACUCCUCCCCUGAAGGCUGGUAUCGCAUGUUUGUGGGACAAACCAGCGCUCAGAUUCCUGAAACUUGUGUACAAGACAGCAGAUGUAGCAGCAGUUAUAACCGUUGGAAGAUGACACAACCUCAUCCAACUCAAUACAACCAAACUGUAACACGCUCUUUGUGUUAUAGUUAUGGUAGUUCCUGCUGCUCCUCCACAUCCUCAUACAGUAUUAAGGUCAAACUCUGCUAUGGAGACUUCUAUGUCUACAAACUUCAAACACUCCCAGGAUGCAACAUUGCAUAUUGUGCAGUUCCAAAGCACAGCUUCAGAGCAGCUGGUCAAGAUGAAACCAGCAUCACUCUACGGUGGAACAAAGUCAACAACAGUGUCAGCUUUGUUCUCCUGUUUAAUGGCACAGAAACAAACAUCAGUGCUCCAGCUGCAGAUGACUCUGUAACUUACACAGUGUCAUCUCUGACUGCUGCAACUAAAUACACAUUCACUCUCUUCUCUGUGUUUGACAAUGUCAGAAGCAGUGGAAUCAACAUUGAUGCAGUGACUGCUCCUCAGAAUCCCCAAAAUAUCAGGCAAUCAACACAGAAUGAGAGCAGCAUCACUCUGCAGUGGAACAAAGUGAACAACGUCAGCUUUGUUCUUCAGCUUGAUGGCACAGAAACCAGCAUCACUGCCACAGAUGGAGAUGGACCAGUAACUUACACAUUCUCAUCCCUGACGGCUCAGACUAAAUACACGGUUAUUCUCUUCUCUGUGUUGGAGAACGUCAGAAGCAGCGGACAAAAACUCACAGUGGUCACUGCUCCUCCAAAUGCCAAAAACUGUAAAGCAUCAGGACAGAAUGAGACGAGCAUCACUCUGCAGUGGGAUAAAGUGAACACCAAUGUCAGCUUUGUUCUUCAGUUUAACGGCACAGAGACAAACAUCAGUGCUCCAGCUGGAGAUGCAGUGAUCCACCACACCGUCUCAUCUCUCACUGCUGGAACUAAAUACACAUUCACUCUGUUCUCUGUGUUUGAGAAUGUCAGAAGUACUGGAGUGAACAUCACAGCAGCAACCGGGCCUAACUACGUAGUUGGAUUGGAGAUGGAACUUGAAUCUGUUGGUGAGAUGACUGAAGCUGAAAUGCAGAGCGUCAUUGAAGAGUUUCUGCAAACAUAUGGACUUUCACCAAAUUCAUUGUCUGUAAAAGUUAAAUCUGUCCAACUGUGAGACAAGAGGAGGAGCUUUUUCUUUGAAGACAACAAAAUACGGAGAGUGUAUGGAACACACUAUGAGUGUAUAAGUCUUAUGUCUAUAUAGAUACUGGUGUGUGUUAUGAUAAAGCUUGUGUGUAAUUGAAGAGUUUAUAAGUUCCAUCAGGAGUAAAAUUUUAUUUACCUCUCUAUUCCUGCACAGCUUUUGAGCCACCUAUAGUAUAAAAAAGCUCAAUAAAUAAAUAUUGUCUAAACAAUGUGAAGUGCUUCAGAAAUAAAGCUGAUUGAUGCUCUUAAUGUCAAACACACUAAAUGCAUUUUAAAAUAUGGUUUUUGUUUGCUUCAAGAUUAAUUUCUACCUUUUUUGAUCCAAUCUGAAACCUCCUUAUAGCAUGAUUACAUCAUUUUUUUGCAACUUCAAAUGUCUUUGCUUGCUUUUAACAUUUUUAUGUAUUGCAUUCAUAUAUAAACUCCUUUAAAAAUAAUAAUUUAGUGUAAAAUCUAACCACGUUACACACAAAAGAAGAACUUUAUCACUAUAAAUGUAUUUCUCUAUGCAUUUUAUUUACUUAUUGAUUAUCCAGUGGAUCAGAAAUAUCCCAAUAUAUUUAAUGAAGGAUUUCUUAGUCUGAAUAUUAAGAUAACCUUUUACCUCUAAAGCCCAUCUCCAGUCAUCUAGAUCUAUUUAAAAGUAUUUCCAGUGGUCUUUGAUGCUUUUUUUAGCAACAACAACAACAACUGUCAUUUUCUAGGACAUAGUUUCUUCAGAGCUUCAGGAGUUCGUUGUGAGUUUUGAGACUAUUGGCAGAGUGUAAGCCACCACAUUUUCCAUCAUCUCUUUGUUUACACUCUGUCCCGCUAUCUUCCAGAUGACACAUUUAUUUUUACCAGCUAUCCAGCUGUAAAGUUUGAAUGCAGAUGGCAGCUCAGACGAGGAAAACUAAUACGUUCAUGGAUCUAUUUGUGUACAAUUGAUUGCAUUGGAAUGGAGCAGAGCAGGGAGCUUGUGGCCUUUUCAGUUCAGUUUUUUCAAACAGCUUUUUUUUUCAUCUGCUCCGGUUUCAUUAUGAUUUGUGAAAGAAACUCAGAAAUACAGUUUUAAUCUUAAUUUUUUGUUUUGCUCUCCAUCAUGAAAAAUGCUACAAGAACACAUUAAAAAUUAUCUUUGGAGUGACUCUUUAAAUACAUUUCUUCAUGUGGGUUUAGGUUUUUUUUAUGAAUGUAAAUCUGCUGAAUUGUGGAGUUU